UGUGACCAUAACUUCUUCAAUGAAAUCUGAACCCAUGCCUUCUUGGGAACUGAUGUUCAUCUCUUCUGUGUCCUAGGACUCUGAAUAUUCACUGACUGAGAAGGAUUGUUCUGUAUCAAUGGAGGAGGAAACAGGGGAGGAGCCAGGGCUGGACAGGUCAACGGCCUCCAAAGACUUCCACUUUUAUCACAUGGACCUGUAUGACUCUGAAGAUAGACUGCAGCUCUUCCCAGGAGAAAGCAGCAGAGUCAGGAGAGAAGUAACCCAGGCUGAACUGACCAAUGAGCCGAGAGGGGCAGGGGACAGUAAGAGUCUUCAGAAUGAAGUGGAUGAGCUUGUCCAUUUAUACGGACUUGAAGAUGAUCACGAGUUAGGGAAUGAGUUUGUUGACGAACACAGACUGGGGACUCUGGGAUAUCCUUCUUAUGGGAUGAAGAGGAGAGACCCAGCCAGGGAACAGAGAGACUGGGGGCUUAGCGGUGAGACAGAUGAGGCCGAGGACCUGGGCUAUGGAGGGCAAGUCCUUCCCGGCCAGUGCCAAGACCUUCGGGAAGCUUACAGGUACACACAUGGCCGUGCCAGUGAGGAAUAUGAAUGCUAUGUCAUCCCAGAGGAGGAGGAUGAAGAAGAGCCUGCUGACAUCUUCUGUGUCACUUGCAAAACUCCAGUAAGAACUGUUGAGAAGGAUUUUGAAAUACACAAGGAACAUGAAGUAACACCGCUCAGCAAAGCACUGGAAAGCGCCAAGGAUGAAAUUCACAAAAACAUGUGCAAAUUGGAACAGCAGAUUAUUGAGAUGGAAAAUUUUGCCAGCCACCUGGAGGAGGUGUUCAUUACGGUGGAGGAGAAUUUCGGAAAACAAGAACAAACCUUUGAGUCACAUUACAAUGAGAUUUUGGAAACCCUUGCUCAAAAGCACAAAGAAAAAAUUCAAGCUCUAGGAGAGAAAAAGAAAGAGAAGCUGGAAGCUUUAUACGGGCAACUGGUCAGCUGUGGAGAAAACCUUGACGCCUGCAGAGAGCUGAUGGAAACCAUAGAGGAGAUGUGUCAUGAAGAGAAGGUGGAGUUCUUAAAGGAUGCAGUGGCUAUGACUGACAGACUGGGGAAAUUCCUGAAAACCAAAACAGACGUGGAGCUCUCUACACAGCCUGAGUUUGAAGACCAGACCUUGGAUUUCUCUGAUGUGGAGCAGCUGAUGGACUCUAUCAACACCAUUCCAGCUCCCUCUGCUCCGGUGAUCAAUCCACAGGCCCCCAACUCAGCCACAGGGUCCUCCAUCCGCGUGUGUUGGAGCUUAUACUCUGAUGACACCGUGGAGAGCUAUCAGCUGUCCUACAGGCCAGUGCGGGACAGCUCACCCGGCAAAGACCAAGCAGAAUUUACCAUGACAGUCAAAGAAACAUAUUGCUCAGUGAGAAAUCUUGAGCCAAAUACCCAAUAUGAAUUUUGGGUGAUAGCUCAGAACAGGACCGGCCCCAGCCCCUCCAGUGAGCACGCGGUGUACAUGACAGCUCCUUCUCCCCCCACUAUAAAAAGUGAGGCAAUCAGAAGCUGUGAAGAGGCUGCACUCAUUUGUUGGGAGUCUGGGAACCUGAAUCCUGUGGACUCCUACACAGUGGAGCUGGUCCAGGCAGAAACGCCUGAAGCCUCGGGGGUAACUGAGUCUGUUGUCGGCAUCCCAACCUGUGAGGCCCUGAUACGGCUGCAGCCUGGACACAGCUACACGAUCUACAUCCGCGCCCUCAAUGUCGGAGGUACCAGUGCCAGGAGUGAGCCCGCCACAGUGCACACCACAGGAAGCUACUUCCAGCUGAACAAGGACACCUGCCAUCCCUGGCUGACCAUUUCUGAAGAUGGGUUCACAGUGGUUCGAAGUGAGAAGAAAACUUUCAGAAGGGAGCCGCCACCCAGCAAGGCCCAGUUUUCCAGGUGUGUUGCUGUCAUUGGAAACCUGAUUCCAGUCCGAGGACGCCAUUACUGGGAGGUGGAGGUAGAUGAGCGUUUGGACUACACUGUUGGUGUGGCCUGUGAAGAUGUACCUAAACAUGAAGACCUGGGAGCAAACUGCUUGUCCUGGUGCAUGAGGCACACAUUUGCCUCCACAAGGCACCGGUAUGAAUUUCUGCACAACAGGACAACUCCAGACAUAAGAAUCACAGUUGCUCCAAAGAAGAUCGGCAUCCUGCUAGACUAUGAAAACUCCAAGCUGUCAUUUUUCAACGUGGACAUUGCUCAGCACCUAUACACAUUCAGCUGUCAGCUCCACCAAUUCGUGCAUCCCUGUUUUUCUUUGGAGAAGGCUGGACGCCUAAAGAUCUGCAAUGGCAUUUCAAUGCCAAAGCAUGUCGCUUUUUUUUAGGCCUUCUGAUGGUGUUUCAGGUCUUCCUGUCCUCUCCCUCGGUCACCUUGCUGGCUGCCCUUGGUAUUCAAGUUUGCUGCGGCCAGCACAAGCUCAAGUUCACGGUAGUGCCUGGUAGAUGGUGCACUGAGCCCAUUUCACCUGAUGUGGACUCAUCCUGUGUGCUGCUCCCCGUGCGAUGCCAGGGGAGCCAUUAUCAGACCAGGCUGUCAGAUGCGGGGUCAGACUCUGAACUCAAAGGGCUCUUGUGGGGUCAAACUGCACUUGUCUGUUUGUGGACAUGUAAAGUAUUUUCAGUCUCCCAACCUAUAGAUCUAGGGAUUGGGUCAGGAAGUCAUGAUGGCUUCAGUAGCCCCCGCACAUUGUGACAUUACACUAUUUACUAAGAACAGACCCAAGAAGGCAAAAAACUCUGCAGAAAUACCAUUUUGUAUUUUUCCUUGUACCAGGAAGUCAGGUACUCGUCUCCAGACCAUUGUGGUAGAUUGAGUAAGAAUGGCCCCCACAGGCUCAUCUAUUUGAAUGCUUGGUCAUCAGAAGUGGCACUGUUUGAGAAGGAUUAGAAGGAUUAGGAGGUGAGGCCUUGUUGGUAACGUGUGUCACUGGGGGUAGGCCUUGAGGUUUCAAAAGCCCAUGCCAGGCCUAGUCUGCUUGCCUGCCUGUCGAUCAGGAUGUACCUCUCAGCUCCAGUGCCAUGAGUGCUACCAUGCUUCCCGUCAUGAUGAUAAUGGACUAUGCCUCUGAAACUGUAAGCCAGCCCCCAUUACAUUUUAUAAGAGUUGCCUUGGUCAUGGUGUCUCUUCACAGCAAUAGAAUAGUGACUAAGACAGAAGUUGGUACCAGCGACUGGAGUACUGCCAUGACAGGCCUGACCAUGCUGUCUGUUGGAGGGAUAUGGAAGAAUCUGGGACUUUGAACUAAAAAAGUGGUUGGACGUUUAGGUGGGGCUUAAUGGGAGCAUGGAAGACAGUGCUGAGGGUGAUUUGAAUGGUGGGGGCCCAGAUCAAGAAGUUUGAGAGGGGAUGAAUAUUAGUAAGUGACCUACAGACCACUCUUACACCGUUUUGGCAAAGACUCUGGCUGCUUCUUGCCCUUGCCUAAAAUUCUACCUGAAGCUAAAUUGAACUUCUGGAUUAAGAAUUUAUCAGAGAUUUCAAGACAGCCUGGCAUUGAGCCUGUCAUGUGGCUAUUAAUGAUUGCUCUUAUGCAAAUUUACAAUGAAAAGGAAUAAGAGCAAAGAAAAUUACAAAAUGCAGUUUGAGGAGAAAAGGAGCACUGGGAAAGGUUUGUUAGAGCCAUGCCCUGUGUUCAAGGAGACGAACCGUUUAGAGAAAAGCCUGAUGCUAGUUGAAUAGAGUGGGACCUCAGGGCAAGAGCACACCUAGCUAAGCUUCCAACUUGUGAAAGGGAUUAAAGGAAAGCUUCAACAGUGAAGGAAAUCAUCCACAACAGGAAGCUGAUGCAAAUGUAACUGAGUGAGGGGGCCAUGUUCCAGCCCCAUCAAGCAGUAGAACUUGGCAGCUUCGGCCACGUAGUUUAGCUUUUGUGUUUUUUUUUUUGUUGGUGGUGGUGGUGUUUUUUGAGACAGGGUUUCACUGUGUAGCUUUGGUACCUUCCUGGAACUCACUCUGUAGACCAGGCUGGCCUCGAAUUCAGAGAUCUGCCUGCCUCUGCCUCCCAAGUUCUGGGAUUAAAGGCAUGCGCCACCACCAUCCAGCUGUGGUUUGGCUUUUGAGUCAAGAAUACAAGGGUUUGUGGAAUCUUCCUCCACAGCUAAGGAUAUCCACUGAAGCCAGAUGUGUGUCCCUGCAUGGAGGCCCAGAGAGAGUGUGAAGCUGUAAAGGUUGACACCUGAUUACCUUGAAAACCAAAACAUGUUGGGGAUGCCAGAGCUGUGGGAUACCUGCCAAGGAAAGCUGCUAACAGGGAGUAGAACCAGCCCGAGAGAGACAUGUGCUGCAGUCAACAUGACUGAAAGGAGUUGGGGUUCUGAAGAGUGCUUUGAUAUAGACAUGGAGAUACAGAAUUUAGUUAGCUCUGCUGGGCUUAGGUCUCACUUUGGUCCAGUAUUUCCUCACUACACUCUCCUUCCUUUGAAAAGGUAAUGUAUAUUCUGUGCCACAAUAUGUUGGAAGGAAGUAUGUGAUCUGCAUUUUGAUUUUGAUUUUACAGGGGUUACAGUUAAGAGAUUGUCUUGAGUCUCAGAAGAACUCUGAACUUGUAAAUAGUGUUAGGACAGCAGUAGAGGAGUGACUAAGGCAGCCAUCCACCCCCAUGUUCCUAACAAGUUGGCAGCACCGUGGCAAGUUCCUCCCAGUGUACAUGUUCUGUAACACCUGGUCUUCUCCUUCACGGUGGUCCUAACACCACUCUAAUUUUGAGAUUACCUCUAUGAUGCCUAAGGGCAGGACAGUUGUGCCUUGUUUAUAAGUCGACCUUGGGGGCUAACACAUCCACAGGUGCACACCCAUACAUGCUGCGUAAACAAGGGCCUUCUUCCUCCAACCACUGCUCUUUGGCUUCAUGUUGCUCUUGGUGGGAAUGAUGGCAGGGCUCUUUCAAAACUAUAGCAAAGCACCUAUGGUGGGAGGAAGAAAACCUUAAGGCAGCGUGAAGGAACAGAAGGCACCUGCGGCUCAGAGGAGCAUUACUUACACACUUACACUUACACACACACACACACACACACACACACACACACACACACACACACGAUCUACUUGUGAAUGGGGCCAGAGAUAGAUGGAGAUAUAAGAAAGAACAUUAGUGAUGAUUCAUUCUAGGUAUUGUUACAAAAUGUAAGCAGCCAGAUUUGAAACCAAGAACUAGGUCUGAUUGCUAUUUUGUACCUACUUUGCCUAAAACCUUAUGGACCUGUUUCCCUUCAGGCAUCAUGACAAACCUAAGUGCCAAGUAAUAAAUGACACAUGGUAUAUUUAUGAUGUUUCAAAGUAAUCAUCAGCCCACCAAAGUCAAAGCUGGGUCCUAAUGAGAAGAACACACUCUAGCCAGCAGCUCUCAGGUGCCAUUUAGUGACCACGGUACCUGGCUCCAUCAGCUGCAUUCCUGGCUCCCCUGUUCACAUUUCCAAUAUCCUGUGCAUGUCACUGUCAGAGCUCAGGACUCCAGCUACAGAGCAAGAAGUCCACUUGUAAAACAGCAGGAGACUGUUGAGUCCCAUGUCCCACGAUACCACCCAACACAGGAAAGUCCUACUCUGACUACCCAGGGUUUUGUUGAAGGGAACAUCCUUCUCUUUAGAACUAACUUUCUUUCUUUUUUUUUGGUUUUUCGAGACAGGGUUUUUCUGUGUAGCUUUGCGCCUUUCCUGGAACUCACUUGGUAGCCCAGGCUGGCCUCGAAAUCAUAGAGAUCUGCUUGGCUCUGCCUCCCGAGUGCUGGGAUUAAAGGCGUGCGCCACCGCUGCCCGGCCCCUAGAACUUUCUUUUCUAGACUGUCAAAUUCUGACACAAUAACUCUCAUCUCCUGCCAGGCUAUACUUGUGUGAGCACCAGUUCAGGCUACGAUUAUCACUUGAGAGUUUAACAGCUUCUCUCUGUGUGUCUGUCUGUCUCUCCCUCUCUGCCCUGUCCCCCACUCCCCCCCACACACCUGCCCUGCCAAGUUGGGCCUCUAACCUUGCACAGAACUGGCUGAAACUGUUAAUGAAAUAUACAUGUGUAUACAGUGAAAGGUAUUCUCAGCUACUGAAAUAGAAACCACCAAAUGGGAAAA